GUUUUUUCAAAGAUGACCGCAUCGUAUUCUGGACAUGGAUGUUUUCCACCUACUUUAUGGAGAAAUGGGCCCCGAGGCAAGAUGAUAUGCUCUUCUAUGUUCGCAGGAGGCUGGCCUACGUUAGCGGAGAUGGCGUAGAAGAAAAGAAGGUUGACGUUGAAGUAUAUCGCAGAGAUUCCAAGAAGCUUCCAGGUUUGGGUGAUCCUGACAUUGAUUGGGAGGAGUGCGUCUACCUGAACCUUAUACUACAGAAGCAAGUCUUUGCAUCUCCAAGUAAACACCCCAUGGACAGCAAGGGCGAGGAAUCGAAGAUUAGCUAUCCAAACAUAUUUUUUAUGAUUGACAACUUUGAAGAGGUAUUUAGUGACAUGACUGUAGGGGAAGGCGAGAUGGUUUGCGUGGAGCUGGUGGCCAGUGACAAAAGUAACACUUUCCAAGACGUUAUUUUCCAGGGAUCCAUCCGCUAUGAGGCCCUCAAGAAGGUCUACGAUAAUAGGGUGAGCGUGGCAGCGAAAAUGGCACAGAGAAUGUCCUUUGGUUUUUAUAAAUACAAUAAUAUGGAGUUUGUGCGUAUGAAGGGGCCUCAGGCCAAAGGACAUGCGGAAAUGGCAGUGGGUCGCGUUUCCACAGGUGACACGUCUCCUUACGGUACAGAAGAAGAUUCGAACCCAGGCUCACCGCUGCAUGAGCGAGUCACAUCCUUCAGCACCCCUCCAACGCCAGAACGCAACAGCCGCCCUUCCUUUUUCUCCCCGUCCCUCAAGAGGAAGGUGACCCGAAAUCGAAUCGCGGAGAUGAAGAAAUCCCACUCAGCCAACGACAGCGAGGAAUUCUUUCGGGACGAUGAAGAUGGAG